GGGCGGCGCACGGGGUCCUUGAAAGACGCGCGCCCAGCGGGACUCAGCCAGUCUGCGCCGUCCACCCACGCCGCCCCAGCCGCAGCUGCAGCAGCCCCGACCCGGCGUCGCCAUGCCCAAGUGCCCCAAAUGCAACAAGGAAGUGUUCUUCGCCGAGCGGGUGACAUCCCUGGGGAAGGACUGGCAUCGGCCCUGCCUGAAGUGUGAGAAAUGUGGAAAGACCCUGACUUCGGGUGGCCACGCCGAGCAUGACGGCAAGCCCUACUGCAACCAUCCCUGCUACUCGGCCAUGUUCGGGCCCAAAGGCUUUGGGCGGGGAGGAGCUGAGAGUCACACUUUCAAGUAAACCAGGUUGUGGAUUCCUCAACCCCCGCCACCUGGCUGUGCCCCCAGGCAGAAGCCAGGCCUGACCCCAGGCCCCCUCCAGCUCCCAAGUAGACCCUCACGCCCUCAAUAAACCCCAAACACUCCCAAAA